AUGAUCGGGCAGGAUCUGCACGAUAAAAUCUCGGUUACGGCCAUCAAGCUGUAUCAACUUGACGCUGCCGCGGACUAUGCCCUAAAGCGUGGCCUCAUCCUCGUAGACACGAAGUUUGAGUUCGGGCUCGUUCCGUCGCCUUCCAGUGGGGAGGAGCUGAUCCUGGUCGACGACCUACUCACGCCAGACUCAUCUCGCUACUGGCCUGCGGAAGGAUACAAGCCCGGAGGAACGAACGGGUUUGAAAGCGGCCCGGAAGGAAAGGAGGGAGAAGGGUGGGUCAUGGAGACGAGUGUGGUGGAGGGCACAAGGGAGAGGUAUCUUGAAGCCUUGAGAAUGCUGGUGGGCGAAGACGUUACGUUGUAAGCGUCCCAUGAAAUUGUAGCCGUAUGUUCUCUCUUUAUAUAAUAAAGCCAGCGAAUAACGUUCAUCGCUCAGCGUGGUCUAGGCUACAGAAUGUUGUAUCUUUCAGGCUUCGAUCUUGCAGGCGUUCUUGUGGGACUAACAGUAAAAUCUAGUAAGUUUUGUCUAGG